AUGAAGACAUCGAAAAGUUUAUAUCUGGAAGUCGUGAUAAUACUAUUAGUAUAUGGAAGUAAAAUUAAAAUAAUUUAUGGAGUUUGUUAUAGAUAUUAAAUGGAUAUAAUUUAGGAAUCACUUGUUUAGUUUUAAAUAUAAAUGAAGAUCUAAUUAUAUCAAGGAGUUAUGAUAAAACAAUUAAUUUUUGGAUAAAGAAGAAUGAAUGGUUCUGUUUAUAAACAAUUACUGAUCAUUCAGAUUCUUUAUUAGGAUUGA